AGAGAGAGAGAGAGAGAGAGUUAGAGAGAGAGAGAGAGAGAGAGAGCGAGAGAGAAAUAGAGCAUAGAGUAAAAGUAUCUGUAAAAAGGAAGCAUUUUUGGUGGAUUGGGUCAAGCCAGCCAUGGAAACUACACCAGAAGAGAACCAAGACCAGAACCAAGACACAAAAGGUUGCUUUGAAUGCUGCAUCAAGUGUUUGGGCGGGGUCCCCUAUGCCUCGCUGGUGGCUACCAUUCUCUGCUUCUCCGGUGUAGCCCUCUUCUGUGGGUGUGGUCAUGUGGCACUGACCGGCACAGUCACCAUCCUGGAAACCCACUUCUCCCAGACCGCCGCUGACCAUGCUGUAUUAACCGAUGUAAUACAGCUGAUGCAGUACAUUAUCUACGGAAUCGCCUCCUUCUUUUUCCUGUAUGGCAUUAUCCUGCUGGCAGAAGGCUUCUACACCACCAGUGCAGUCAAGGAGCUUCACAGCGAGUUCAAGACCACCAUCUGUGGGCGAUGCAUCAGUGGAAUGUUUGUGUUCCUGACCUACAUCCUGGGCGUGGCCUGGCUGGGUGUGUUUGGCUUCUCCGCCGUGCCUGUCUUCCUGUUCUACAACAUGUGGUCCACCUGCGCCGCCAUGAGGUCACCAGUGGCCAACAUGACCUCUGUGGACUCUAUCUGUGUUGAUGUCCGUCAGUACGGUAUUAUUCCUUGGAAUGCCACACCAGGGAAGGCCUGUGGAUCCACACUGGGUGAUAUCUGCAACACUAGUGAGUUCUACCUGUCGUACCACCUGUAUAUUGUAGCAUGUGCUGGGGCAGGUGCCACAGUUAUUGCACUGAUCCACUUCCUCAUGAUUCUCUCAGCCAAUUGGGCCUACCUAAAGGACGCGAGUCACAUGCAUGCGUACCAAGACAUCAAAACCAGGGAGGAGCAGGAGCUGCAAGACAUCCAGUCCCGCUCCAAGGAAUGUCUCAAUUCCUACUCAUAAGGAUUAAACCCCCCCUCCUCCCCCCACCCACCCCUCACCCGCCCAGCCUUCCGCCCUCCUCGGCCACGUCUAAGCGCCGGACCAAGAGAACUCACGGCUACUAUAACCUGGCAACUGCCCUUGCGCAGCACAGCACUAACAUGGCCCUUAACAACAGACUAAUCAUUUGUCACUGUCGCUUUCUGCACUAACUCUCCAGGGAGUUGACAGGAACCUUUGGUGUGUGUUUCUGUGCAUGUGUGUGUGUGUGUGUGUGUGUAUACAUGUACACUUUUUUAAUAUUCAAAAUAUGUCACUGAAAUUUUGAAUAUGUUCUUUUCAUGUUAUUUUUUUUGUUCUGUAGCCCUUUUCUCCUAACCAGUAAUUGCUGGUAAUGCUUGAAACAUUGCACUAUUUUAAAGCAGAAAAAGAGCAAGCACUAUCAGAUAUGUUUUACAGUCAUCUGCCAUGUGUUUUACAAUAACAUCAAAAAACAUGAAAUAAUCCCUGUUCUUCACUAUACUUUACAGCGCAGCAUAAUGAGCCUUACAAAACCACAGAUAAAGAACAAAAUAUGUCUUUGUAAAAAAUUAGUGCAAUGGGUUUCUAUUUGCACAAUUUUAUUAUUAUUAUUCUUUUUUUCAAUGUUUGGUCUUGGCUAUUAACAAAGAACAGUGGUGACACAUUAAGGUGCAGCAUUCCUUUAGAAAAUAAAAUAUGCAUGUGCUGCUUUGUGGGAAUUGUAGUUUUUCAUGUGUUGCCUGUGAUUAGCUCCAGCAACAAGCUUCUUCUUCUUUUUUUUUUUUUCUUUUUUUUUUUUGAACAAGGUGGUUUGAAAGGUAGUUUUCCUUUUCUGGGACUGGUAAAAGUGAUACAUUUUAAUUCAAUUGAAUAAAAUAAUAAAUAAAUAAUCAGUGAUGCAGACUAAUGCCCUAAAAUAAAUGCUACCUCAGGUAUUACAUUUUUCAUUCCUUAAAAAAAAAAAAAACAUUAUAUACCAUUCAUUUAGGUGUCAUGUAGUAAAAAAUAUGAGGUCAAUAGUGCAGAAUAUAACUUGUCCCAUUCAUCAAAAUGACAAAUGCAUAUUACAAAAAUGUGCAUCUGCAGUGAUUUAAAGAAGUGUCUAUGAAAUCCACUAAUUUUGAAUAUAAUGCAGUAUCACAGGCUGUACUCCAAUUUGAGUUCAGAUACCAAUCUAUGUUACUCUGGCAAAAAUGUCUAAGAAUAAAAACCGUAAAAGGGAAGGCUUGGCAAAGGAUUUCAGCUUUGAUCAUUUUCUUUCAGAAUAUAGCCAAUCUGAAUAUUAAUAUUUUAGUUAUUGUUUUAGUUUUAAUAUUAUAACAGCACAAUAUUUGAAAAUAAAGUGUGAAAAAGACAGAGGGAAAAAAAAACAAGGGGAUUUGAUGUAAAAGCUUCUUUUGUUUAUGCUUAAUGGUGGGACACUUGUGAAAAAUGCCUGCUAAUGUAAAAUGUACAAUUUACUCCAGUCUGUUCAAAACAUACUCAUUUGUAGAUGGUUCUAUUGUAAGCAGCUGUUACGUGUCUCUCCCCAGUCAUUACAAUAUAUUACAUUGCAUAGCCUACUCUACAUUUUUAUCUAGUUAUGAAGGGAACGAUUAAGAUGCAUUCUUCGAUUUCGAUUUAAUGCACUGUGCUUUGUUACCAUUGACGACUAUAUGAUUAUACAGGUUCCAUGUUUCUGAAACAGUGAGAGUAGAUUGAAUGUCAGUGCCCCUACAACCAGAUUGAGGUUUGUCACGUGACCCCAGACAGGAAGGGUAACUAUGAAAAAAAAUACAAGAUGUGUACAAUGUAAAGAUGUUACGAGUCAGGAAUAUUUUUCUCUUUUUGUCUUAUGUUGUGUUGUUUUUUAUUGUUUUUUGUUUAACCACAAAAAAAAACUUUAAAAAAAAUGUUAUUUUCAAAUCUCUGAAAAUAUAUUUCGCCAUUGUUUCCAUGUGCAAAGUUUAAAAUACUGACAAGAAUUACUGAUAUACUAUCUGUUUUCUGUCCGGUAGAAGAAAUGUACAUGGUAUCUUGAUGUAUAUUCAUUAUUGCAUGGAUGAGAGAGAACUUUCUGCGGUAAUACAGGUGAUGUGUAGUCAUUUGUACUGACAAAAAUAUGGUAGGCAGUGUUUGCCCAUUUCCUUUUUUCUAACAGAAAAAAAAUCCAUGUUAUGUUGAUAGCAUAGUAGUCAUAGUUAUUAGUCAAUUUUUUAUGUCUAAAGUUAUAAAAAUCCUGUAUAGUACCAAUUUUGUAACCUAAUAGUAAAUCAAUAUUUUCUAUGAGUGCCAAGGGCUUCCUGGUGGGUUAUUUGCUUAAAUAAUAAACAUGUGUAAAGAAACAAAAAUCAUUAGUGCACUGAAUUAUAUGUUGACAGCUAUGGAUUACCAAUGCCUAACCCACAACUACAGUGUCACAUCAGUGACAGCAAAUCUGUGACUGUAUCGGUUUUUCUUUGAAUAUUUAAUAUCAUCUAAGCAAAACAUGCUUUAUUUUCUUUAGACAAUUGCAUAAUGGCUUUAAAUGGUCACUUUUUUGUUUAGGAAAAUAUUUUGAAUUCAUUUCCUGAUAAGCUGGCACUGUUUAUUGCUAAAUAUGUUUCUGUCCAGUGAAAAAUUGGGAAGACACUUGUGUAAAGAGAGAAAAAAAAAAAA